AAAAUAGGUUGCAUCCUUUACAUUUUAGCACUGAAUAAAGUGCUAAUAACAUGAUCAUAAUUAUUGUGGAAUAUGCAUUAAACUGUUCCCAUUGAAAUUCUACAAUGAAUUUCCAACAACUGAAUUUUUACCACGCCCUCGCUAAAGUGGAUUUGGGAGUUGGUGGUAGAACAAGCUAGCCUGGGUACCAGUCUCUUUACCUAAUCCACUCCCUGUACCCAUGUGAUGUGCCAGGGGACUGGUCUUAGUUUCUGCCAUCUUCAAAUAUAAACGUUAUAUCAUUAAUGAGCUCGAUGAGAACAGAGGAUUUGAUCCUGAUUCGAUCACUCACACAGCUAUCGUCCUAUCACAACGAUUAUGUAAAUAAUGAAACUCACUUUUUCUCCACAGAACAUGUUGCUAAAACCAGUCUGUCAAAAUUUGCUAGCUCACUUCUAAAUUCUCAAACUAAAUACAUACUGCAAUUCCAACCACAAAACGUCUUUAGUCUCAAAAUACAACAACGUGCCUAGCUAACAGCUAAAUGGUUGUUUUUGACUUUGUUAUAAAUUGCAAUUAUAUUUUCGAGGCUCCACAUGUUGUCAUGGAAAAUAUUCACGUUAUUUACAACAACCAAUGAGCAACUCCGCCGUAAAUCCAGCGCAAGGACGUUGAGAUUGCUGAAAGGUCAGUCUCUUUGGCAUUGACAAGGAAGUGAUAAGCAAUGUGAUAGGCAAUGUUAACACUUGUUUCCCAUGCCAAUAAAGCCCCUUGAAUUGAAUUGAAUUGAAGUGAUAAGGAGUGAAACGUUAGCUAAAGAGACUGGCAUUCAGACUAAGAACAUAUAGGCCUACUUCAAAAGAAACGCUAGGGGCCAACUGUCAAACACAGAGGCUAUGUAAUGCAUUUUCUGAGAAAUGCAAAGGAACAAAUCGAUAAGUUCCUGUAUGCUGCUACUGUACAAGAAAAUGCGGUGCCAAGCCAUUUCAUUGGGGCAUGGAGAGAAACUACCCCCCUCCCAUUUCACCCCAUUGAGCGUGAUCACAUUCCGAUUGUGUAUUUACAUGACAGGAGGUAAUGUAACCACACUGGUAAAUUGCCACUGGAUUUAAUUUAAUGAGGCGUACAUAAAAUGUAGGCGUACUGUUGUAACGAUGGACUUAACUGUGUUUUUCUUUCUGAUAGAAUCUAAUAGAAGACUAUGCCAUUAGACGAUUUGCGUACAUAGUGUAACGACCCUGGGUUUGUAAGCGCGGAAAUCGAUUCUGCCGCACGAACAUGCUUUUGCGGCACAGUCGAUAGCGCGCCGGACCUCGGGCUAGAAGGUCGAGGGUUCGAGACCUGCUCCCUGCUGUUUCAUUACAAUACAUUUUACUUAUGGGUGGUCCAUUUUGCCAUGAACCCAACUGAGCUACAAAGGACUUAGUGUAUUGUUGAGGAAAAGCGUGCAAGUGAGCAUUUCACUGCACUGUUUACACCUGCUGUAUCCUGUGUACUUGACAUAUACACUUUGAUUGAUGGUGGCGAUAGACGAUUCAGUUGAAGUUAAACAAUUCUGUAGACAUAAAAAAAAAAAAUUGUAUCUGUAAAUAAUCAAACAUUAUAUAGGCCUAUGUAUGUAUCUAUAAAUAAACUAAUGGAUUUAAAUACUUUACAUCGAAAAUGUUGAAAGACGCCAUGAGCGAACUCGUGCUUCAGUGAAUGGAAUCAAUAUUUCCCUGACAUUCUUUUGUAAUGAACUACAUAACUACAGUGCGCAAUAUUGCGUGAGUUGUUUACAUUUGAAACGCGCACCGCUCAUUUUAGCCUCAUUUACCCAGAGAUUGGAACAAAUUAGACAUUAGACAUUUCACCCCAGAAAGCUAUUGAGAAAACAUUUCAGGCAAGUGGACAGAGAUAAAACCAGGGAUUCAGGCAUUAGACCCCAUUCUGUAAACAACAAUAUCCUGCACAGAACAUGUGUUUCUGAACACUGUGAUCUGAAUAGCAACAUCAGAUUCACAUUCUAACAAAUGCAAAAUUAUAAGAUGUAGGCAAUUGAUUAUUUAGACAAUAAAAGUAGUCACUAUUUUUGACUGCAAACUCAAAAUGAUUUGUUAUAUUUCAUUCCCUCAGAUAUUAAUUAUUGUAAGUUAUAGUACCUAUUCUGAACACAAACUAGGAAUGGACAUUCACUCCCCUCUUCGCUCCCCUUUGAGCAUGCCUGAUAUAAAGAAAGGUAAGCCAACAUUUAAACAGAUGUUAGUUUUUCUAUAUAUAAGCUUUAUUUGUCGACAUGUUAUGAUACCAUUUAUGUUCUUUCAGUGAAGAUAAGUUCUCCCAAACACACUCCUGAUGCUGAAUACCUCUUAAGGAGAAGGCGUGGAAUGGCAGAAAGUCUCGAGGAGACUGCAAAGCCAACAUUGGAUACAGUCUGGCUGAAAUCAAGAAAUAGUACAGAUGACGACAGAAAAGCUAACAACCCGUUUGUGCUUCCAAUGGAUCGUAACAUCUUCAAAAAGAGAGAGAUGGACUCUGUAAUCAAACAACAAGAGAAGAAGUUCUUCAGCAGCCUGCCGACCCAGAUGAAGAGUACCUACCUGUCCCGACUCAGGUGCCGCUCCGCCCCUAUGAGGAGUGCUGUGGAAGACACAAUCCCCGAACCAGAGAAAUGCAGACGGGAAAAAACAACAUGGGCCACUGUGGUCACUAAAAGUUGUAGUCAAGAGAGGGAGAACAUUAGGGACUACUUGUCUAAACAGCGAGAAAAGUUUAUGCAGCAGUACUCUCUGUCAGUGAAGCAAGACACCAUCAAGAAGCUGGAGAAGGACACGGUGAUAGAGCUUCAGUUGAUCAGACAUGCUGAGAAACAUCUGGAACAGGACUCGGUCGCCUUUGAAAAGUUCAUCAAGGAAAACGACCAGAGCUCAGUGGAAGCUGUCAAGUUGGCAGAGAAAGAGACUAUGAUGAAAAUGGAGAAAACAGCAGAAAUUAAAAAAGUAACAGUACAAAUGAUGGCGAUGAAAAGCGACAUCUCAAAGUAUCAAGAAAUCCUGAAGGAGUACCAGACCUACAAAACGUUUCUCAUGGCGGUCGGACCCUUGGAGUGGCGCGAGGAACAGAAGCGCAAGAUGGAGGACAGGAGAGCAACCAAGCAGAGGGAGAGAGAUAAUACAAACAUUUUCUGUCUUCCUUCAUCGGUCAAAGACGAAAAUAAAAAAGGUCCAGCGUAUGCCAGACGCAAUUCAAGAGUCACAAAACAUUCUCAGAUAAAACAUCAAAACAAAAGUGGCAAAGUCAGCAGCAUACUUCACCACCAGGAGAGACAGGGGUCCACCAUCCCUGAGGUGCCAGAGACAGCAGAGACCUCAGACAGUGACGAGGAGCCAGAGUUCUGUUACUCCAACCCCAGGGACAUGCUGAAUUUGCUGACUGAUCUGGAGGAGCAGAACCUGUCCUACAUCCAGAACUUCCAGGAAACAGAGGAGGUCAUGGAUGAGAUCAGCAAAACCAUCCUGUUGACACAGGAAAGAAUGAACAGUGAGGCACGGAUCUUGCUGCAGCAGGUAGACAUCCUGAAGAACACCAUCCAGAGGGAGGAGGAGAAGACCUCUGAGCUGGAGCUCAAGUCCAGGAUCUUCUCCUAUGGAGAGUACAGAGCUGACAAACAGGAUGUGAUGCUCAAUGUGCUGCGCAAGAAGGUGAAGGAAGUGUACAGGGUGUGUGUGGGAGAGGUGGACUCCAAUAUCAGCACUCUUCACAUGCUGGCCAACAUCGAGAGCAGAAUGCAGGAAGUUAUGGACCGACUGGAGACGCUGCCCCCGGACAACAUUGACACCGUCCGCACCCAGAGGGAGAAGGAGAAGAGGAUCAAGAUGCGUGAGGAGAAGCUGUUGAUGAAGAAACACCACCAAGAGGAGAGACUCCGAAUGGCUCUGGAGAGAGCCACCUCUGACAGCAAGAAGAGGACGGGCAGAAGGCUGAUGCCACGAUCGGAGCCAUCAGAGAUCAAGAAGAAGGACAAGACGCACGCGUUGACCACUAGAGAGCAAGAAGACGCCUUGUACUUCUUUGCCUGAUUAUUUUAAACCAUCAGUAUUCACAGACAGUGACUGAUUUUAAAUGAGCUUUUGUAUACAGUACCAAUCAAAAGUUUGGACACGCCUACUCAUUCAAGGGUUUUUCUUAUUUAAAAAAAUAUAUAUAUAUUUUCUGAAGAC